AUGGCCGAAGCUGAAUUACAAGCUCCUAUUUUGAGGCCACUGUCGCCACCAAUGAGAACCACACCACCAGCAAAGCUACUCAAAACAAAUGGCCCGGUUAUUCCUACAUGCAGUACAAGAUCAACAAUUGUUGCCUGUUCUGGGACACCUUAUUUUUUCCUUUACGGGGGAUUUGACGAAAGAGAAAAUUUGGAUUCAAAUGUGUAUUUAUUAAACACUGAGACUAUGCAAUGGGAAGUUGAUGAUAAAGUAGACACUCUUUACCGUGAAGGACACCUGGCUGCAUACAUUGGCAAUGGAAAUGUUUUGGUUUUUGGCGGUAUUCCUUUUGAGGAUGAUAUUCCCAGUGCACACAGAGUGGGGCGAAACAACAGUAGCCGUUUAAGUGGAAGUACUAGCCGCAAUGGAAACGGUAACGGAAAUGACAAUGGAAAUGAGAGCGAAAGUGUAAAUCUAAAUGAAAAUGGAAAUGUAAUAAUUAGUGAAACAAGUUUCAACGUGGCAGGCUCAACAGCAUUACAAGACUUUCGAAACGAUUCAUUAAUGAUGAUUUACAACGUUUUUGAUAGGAAAUGGACUGGCGCACCAGAAUUUGCAUUGCAAAAUGCACCAACACAGCGUUCGAGACAUGCAUGCUGCUUAAGCCCAGAUGGAACCAAGAUGUAUAUUAGCGGUGGACAAUACAAAUCGCAAACUUUUAACGACUUGUAUUGUUACGAUUUGUCAACUGGUGUGUGGACUGGCCCCAUCGAAUUUGUUACUAGGUUUAGCCACACAAUAAUGUGCUCUGGUGAUCGAAUAUUUAGCUUUGGGGGAUUGGGCAAGGAGAUGAACAGAGUGAAUGCAAUUAUAUAUCUUUCCUUGAAAGAUCAAAGUAUAGGAGAAAUGUCUGUAUCCAAUUUCCCUACGUAUAACCCAGAUGGAUUUUUGCACACUUUGGAAAUAUUGGAGUACAGGGCACAAACAUCAUUGGCGAUCCUGGUUUUGCUUCCAACGGAAAUUGCUCGGCACCGCAGAGUUACCUUGAGAAGCUUCAAUUUAUGCGAUUUUGAGACAAAUGUUUUUUUAAAUAAUGAAAGUGAUAGAAUCUUUUUACAAGAUCCCGAGCAAAGAGAUAAAGAAUAUGUUUGGUAUCACCUUUUGGUAGACAAUCAAGGAUAUUUAAACUUGUUGGGCAACGAACUCCAUGAAUACCCCAUGGAUGAGGAAUCCAUGACAGGUUUAACUGACCGAAUAGAUCCGCAGACAUGGAAACUAAAUCUCUUAUUGAGAAUAAAUUUGAGUGCUUUUGGGUUGAAAAAAGGCAAAGAGAAAUAUGGUUUAAACGAUCGAGAGGCUGAUAAACUCUCCUCUGAUUUCAAACUGAUAUUGGGGACGAGCGAGUUUUCAGAUUUCCAGAUUGAGACCGUGAUUACGGAACAGGAUCGGUCAAAUUUUGAGCUUCAACAACCGUAUCAAACGAAAUCUAUACCCGUGCACAAGGCUAUCUUGGCAGCACGUUGGCCGCAUUUCAAUAGAAUGAUAUCUUCCGGAAUGGCUGAAACAGUUACAAAUAAAGUGUUGAUUCCAGAACCGUACCACAGAGUAAUGGCAAUCAUCAGUUACUUAUAUGUCGGAUAUGUCGAUGAAGAUGGUAUCCGAAAUAAUGGCCACAGCCUUGAAUUACACGAUUAUGCGAGCUUAGUGGGGUUGGCAAACUUGUACGAACUUCAAGAUUUAAAAGUAAUGAUUAUACAGAAAGUAUUUGUGUUACUAAAGCAACUUGCAUUACAGCUUCACCAGGGUAGUACAGGUUCUAUAGCUACUUUACUACUGGUUUGGAAAGAUAUUUCAUUGGCAAAUGAACCACUUCUUCUCUCCAAGAUAAUGUAUUUGGUGCGGCAAUACUGGGCUGCAAUUACUAGGUCGCAAGCAUUCACUAAUGAAUUAUCGAGGGAGCAAAUUGUCAAAUUAUGUCAAGAUUUUUCAGACUACCAUCCGGAUGGAUUCAAAAGGCAGGAUGAAGUUCAAGCAAGUUCUAUAUUCUCUACUCUCCUAGAAGUCGAAAGUCUGAGUAGAAAUUCAAGAAAUUCGAGAACUUCAAGAGCUUCUAGAAAUUCAAGGAACUCAACUGAUUCAUUGGGAUUAACACCGUCACCCGGAACGCCUGCACCACGAACACAUUCGCCAUUUGUUUUUAAUUCUCCUGCUUUUGACUCUUCUCAUAUAUCAUCAAACUUGUGA